AUGCUUCCCGAUGGCCUCCCCACAGGCGUGCACGUGGUCAUGCUGAUGACGCGCCGGAAGCACAUCGAGCACGCGGAUUCCUGGCUAGGUGUGCGCAGCGCGUGCGAGCGGUUGCUGAUGGAGCGACAGAUGGCUUUGAAGGGGGAGAUGCAGAUGUACCUUUGCUGCUUAUUGCCGAGGUUUUGGCCCUUGAGAUGGUUCUGGCGCUAUCGCAUGUGCAGUUGGGCGCGGCUGCUGGAGGAGGAGGAGCAGACACAGGUGCACAUCCUCUCCUGCACCAAGUGGUCCAGCUUCUUCCAGAAGAUGCAGAUCCACAAUGAUGGGCGAGCGCACACCAUGGUGAUACGCAACGAUGGAGAGAUUCUUUGGGUGGGCCACGACCGUUUCCAAGAACAGUUCCACGAGAGGGAAAUGGUGAAUGUGGUGAAUGAAGAGUGCCAGUCACGCGAAGACGCCAAGCUGCUGGAAGGGGGCGUCACUGGAGCCAUCGAAGCAUCCGAGGAGUUGACUGUCGCGGCAGGAGACGGUCGAGUCGAUGCGGGUCAAAAGGGAGCGGAUCGUGAUUGGAUCCGGUCGCUGCGCGCCGAGCUGGCCGCGCUCGCGCGGACGGUCCGCGCGGACGGAAGGGACGCUGAGCAGAUGGAGACCACAGAGGCGCCGGUUUGCGACUCAGGACUCUUUUUGGCCGUUCUCGUUGCCCUGCCACGAUCGCGUGCCAAGCUCUACACACGGCGCCCAGAGCUGCGGAGCACGGUCGCUGCAGUUGCGGAGGUCGUGGAAGUUGCGGAAGAUUCCACGGUGGAGGAGGAGCCGUGGCUUCAGAGCUAUUUGAAGCAGGCAAAUUCCAAGCCACCGGCUGAAAUCCGGCAGCUCUUUCUUGAGGCGGUGAGGGAGCGGGGCUUGGAGCUGUAUGAUGCACAGCGCGAAGCGAUCGAGCAGAUCUUUGACGAUGUCCACGUGGUGUUGAACACUCCAACAGGGAGCGGUAAGUCGCUGGUGGCCAUGGCCAUGCUCUUCCGCGCCGUAGCCGAAGAAGCACGGGCCUACUACACCUGCCCAGUCAAGGCCUUGGUGAGCGAGAAGUUCUUCGCGCUUUGCAGGGACUUUGGCUCGGAGCUCAUCGGAAUGGCUACCGGGGACGUGAGCAUCAACUCUCAGGCCUCCAUCAUUUGCUGCACUGCAGAAGUCUUGGCCAACGUGGCCCUGCGUGGAGCCAACCAUGACCUUCAGUAUGCGGUCAUGGAUGAAUUCCACUUCUUCGCGGACAAAGGCCGUGGAUAUGCAUGGGAAGUGCCCCUCUUCCGCCUUCCACAGGUGACGUUCCUGUUGAUGUCCGCCACCAUGGGCCGCAACGAGGCCUUGAACGCCAACCUCGAGCGCUUCACAGGGAGAGAGGUGUCGGUGGUGACGUCGACUGAACGGCCGGUACCCUUGGAUUGGUCGUACCUCUUCAAGAACGUCCGAGAGGCGAUCUUUGAGUUGGUGGCCGAUGGCCGCGCGCCGAUCUAUGUGGUGAGCUUCACACAGGAUGCGGCUGCCACGUUGGCGCAAUCGUUGAUCACAAAGGAGUUGGCACCAUCGGAGGAGCAGAAGCACACCUUGUCCGAGGCCAUGAAGUCCACGGACUUCGACACCCCCUACGGCCCCAGUCUCCGAGCGCUUCUGCUGAAUGGCAUUGGUCUGCAUCAUGCAGGUUUGAUUCCAAAGUAUCGGCUGCUGGUGGAACAGAUGGCACAGUCAGGACUGUUGACGUGCAUUUGUGGGACUGACACCUUGGGUGUGGGGGUGAACGUGCCCAUUCGUAGCGUGCUCUUCACGCAGCUCUGCAAGUACAAUGGGGAAAGUACCGCUUUGCUCUCUGCUCGUGACUUCCAUCAAAUCGCCGGCCGCGCGGGACGCAAGGGCUUCGAUGAAGCGGGCAGUGUGGUGGCCGUGGCACCAGCACAUGAGGUCUACAAUCAGAAGCAUGCCGCCAGGAGAAGCCCAAGCAAAAGGCCAGCAUCUGGCGACGUGCUCGAACACCUGGACCCAACUUCGUUCGUUGGACGCAGAAGACGUUUGAAGAGCUCACUGAGAGCAGCCCUGCUGCUCUGGAGUCGCAGUUCCAGUUGA